UAACGACACUGCUCGCUGAUCGACCAUGAACGCUGUAGACGCAACAGAGCACUACGAGGUAGAUGCAAAAGAUCUCGCCCCGUCUCUACUCACCGUCGUCCUCGACACAAACCCCCACGCCUGGGCUAUCCUCGAGGACUCCCUCCCCCUUUCAAAAGCCAUCGCGAACAUCCUCGUCUUCAUUAAUUCCCACCUCGCCUUUAACUUCGCUAAUGAAGUCGCCGUCAUCGCUUCGCACAGCGACAGGGCCGUUUGGCUGUACCCGUCGCAACAACCACAGGAUCGUACAACGACAAAGAAGAAUCCCGAAGGUGACAUCCCGAUGAAUGAUGGAUCCGAAAGAAGGCCCUCGAUUGGUCAAGUCAACAAGUACCGUCCUUUUCGCAUCGUUGAGGAGCAGGUCACGCAGAACAUACGCCAGUUGCUGGAGUCGACCAGUGUCGAUCGCGUCAAGGCUACAACCUCGACCAUGAUGGCGGGCGCGUUGACGAUGGCUCUAAGCCAUAUAAAUAGGAGGUCAAUUUCUUGGGCAGAGGCUCAUGGAGGGUCGAAUUUGGACGCCUCGUCGUCCGAACUACGGUCAUCCGGCAGAUCAGGCCCGGAGAAUGUCGCUGGGGCUUUGAAGUCGCGGAUUCUCAUCAUAUCGGUCAGCAGCUCCACGGGUUCCGCUCAUCAGUAUAUUCCGAUUAUGAAUGCCAUCUUUGCGUGUCAGCGUCUUCGGAUCCCCAUCGAUGUCUGCAAGUUGAGCGGGGAUGCUGUCUUCUUACAACAGGCUUCCGAUGCUACAAGAGGCGUGUAUAUGUCUCUCUCUGAACCCCGUGGCUUACUCCAGUACUUGAUGAUGGCCUUUUUGCCUGAUCAACGCUCUCGCCAGCAUUUGAUAUUGCCAACGCGUGUGGAUGUGGAUUUUCGAGCUGCUUGCUUUUGCCAUCGCCGUGUCGUUAACAUAGGCUUCGUUUGCUCUAUCUGUCUUAGCAUCUUUUGCGAGCCUCCUGAAAAUGGCGAUUGUCUGACCUGUGGGACACAUCUCAGCCUGAGCGAUUAUGGUGCCAAGCCGGCCGUUGUUGCUAGAAAGAAGAAGAAGAAGAAGCUCCGCGCAAAUAGUGCUUCUGCCACCGCCACACCUACACCUGCUCCUACUCCAGACGCUUGA